UACCUAAAUGAUUUGGAAAGAAUAUCCCAAACCAACUACAUUCCAACUCAGCAAGAUGUCCUGCGGACAAGAGUGAAGACCACAGGCAUUGUGGAAACUCAUUUCAACUUCAAAGAACUGUACUUCAAGAUGUUUGAUGUAGGCGGCCAAAGAUCAGAACGAAAAAAGUGGAUUCACUGUUUUGAAGGAGUGACAGCAAUCAUCUUCUGUGUGGCCCUCAGUGACUAUGACCUUGUCCUGGCUGAGGAUGAGGAGAUGAACCGAAUGCAUGAAAGCAUGAAACUGUUUGACAGCAUUUGUAACAACAAAUGGUUUACAGACACUUCAGUCAUUCUCUUCCUCAACAAGAAAGAUCUUUUUGAGGAAAAAAAAAAGAGGAGUCCAUUAACUAUUUGUUAUCCAGAAUACACGGGUUCCAACACGUACGAAGAGGCAGCUGCAUCCAUCCAGUGCCAGUCUGAAGACCUGAACAGGAGGAAGGACACCAAGGAGAACUACACCCACUUCACCGGUGCCACCGACACCAAGAACGUGCAGUUUGUUUUUGACGCUGUCACGGAUGUCAUCAUUAAGCACAACUUGAAGGAGUGUGGGCUUUACUGAAGCGAGUGGGCGUGGAACCAAAGUUAUUACAUGUGGAGUGUUGAGACCAGACCUCUCCUGCUGUCUCCGUGGCAGCAGCGAGCAUGACCGGGACCAGGGAAGGCGGCAGCAUGCAGAACUCUAGCGCUCUUUCGCACAAUCUUCUGUAGGAGGGACUCUUAAUUGACACGAGAUGCUCAAGUCAAACAUGGGAUUGGACAGCCGUAAAGUAUGAACCAAGACAUCACUUGGAUUUCAAAAUCUCAAAUGUUAGAGCAGAUGUGAAGUUGAGGUGCUGCAUUCCAGAACUUCAAUAUGUAGCUUUUUUUUU